UGAAACAUAAUCAAUGUGCGUAUCGUUCUUUAAAGCAACGCUGCGCAUCGUGACGCAGCGUCGUUAAAGCUCUCUGUUGCUUGACAGUUUAAAGAUGAUGACUUCGUCGGAAACUGAUGUAGAAAAGCUGGGUGAAAACAAUGCGGAAGAUACGGCAAUUUUAGAAGUAAGCACAAUGGCAGUCGGCGGUGUUAUUAAGCAGGAAAGCCGCGAUACGGAUUUUCUUUCGAACUGUAGUACGUCUGUCGAAGGUUCUGUGAUAGCAUCUCCUUCUGUCGAUAGUUUCUCAACUUUACCAGAACAAGAGAUAUCAGAUUUUCAGGCAGAUUCUAGGGACUUACAGGUGAAAGUAGAUAAUCCUCAGAAGCAUCUAGAAACUCUUGAAACUUAUAUCACUUUUCGUAUAACAACAAAGUCCACGCGACCAGAGUUUGACGAGGGAGAAUACGUUGUCAGAAGACGGUACAAUGAUUUCAUAUGGCUAAGGCAAAAAUUAGUGGAUUCGUAUCCGACUCAUAUCAUACCACCUAUGCCUGGGAAGCAUACAUUACUUGCGCAAUUAGAUCGUUAUUCCAAAGAAUUUAUCAUAGCACGCAUGAAAUUGUUACAUAUAUUUCUGAACAGAGUUGUAAAUCAUCCUAUUCUUAGCUGCGACAAAAAUUUACACAUUUUCUUGACAUCUAAACCUGCUGAAUUUCUCAUACAUCGUAAAAAUCGUGGAAACGUUCUUGUAAAAAUGACGGACUCCUUGCAAAAUAUUGCAAGCACAUAUACUAUGAAGCAACGUCAUUUCGAGUUCGAGCAAAUUCGGGAAUAUUGUACGGCUCUUAGCGAAAAGUUAGCGACUAUAGAUAAAAUAAAUCAUCGUAUACAAAAAGACAGGCAAGAUUAUUUACUUGAAUUGCAUCAGCUGCAUCCAAUAUUCACAUUGUGGGCGACUUCUGAACCAGAAUUAGCCCCAAUUUUGUUGGCAAUCGCUAAAGCGAUUGAAUGUAACGCGGUAGCUCAUCAAAAGCUUCUAGAAAAUGUACCGAACGAAGAGCGAGAAUACAUUUCGUACAUAGAUGCGGUGAAAGGUGCUCUGUCUCGACGCGACUCGAUGCAAAUCGAGUACGAAAUGACGAUCGAAGACCUCGCGAAGAAACGAGUCGAAAAGGAUCAGCAGCUAAUGGGUAUCGUAAGUGGAAACCUGUCGACGCAAAACUGGGGUGGAUCACUUUGGAAAGCGGAGUCGCGCGAUGAGAAAUUAGAAAGACUGGGACAAGCGAUUCCGCGAUUAGCGAAGCAAGCGGAAUUGUUGCAAGAUCGCGUGGAAUGCGCGAAUGAAAAUUUGCGGAGCGAUUUGCAAAGAUGGAACGUCGAGAAACAAAUGGAUUUGAAGAAUAUGUUGAUCGCGAUGGCGGAUCGACAGAUACGGCAUUACCAACAAUGCAUGAACGCGUGGGAGGAAACACUGGCUGGUUUGAAGUUGGAUGGAACAGGUGACGUGAACGUAGGAUCCUCGAUCAAGAUACCAAUUUGAAUCCGAAUAAGAAGCUCACGUUUUGCUACUUGAACAUACUCAAAAAUAUCCUAUGCAUUUACUAAGGUAAAAACACACUUAAGUCGUUUGCCGGUAAAUAACAAAGAUUUUAUUGGUAAUUAAGAAAUUCGAUCUUACCAGCUUUGUCGUCGUUUCAGCAAUUAAAUAACUUUGUCUGUCAAGCCUUAAAUGCUUAUUCUCGAGAAUUCAAUUGAUAAUUACAUAAAUUACAGAUGCGUUUGUUAGUCGUACAUGUUAUACACAUUUAUAUAUGUAUUUAUAGUUUUCAGAUAUAAAAAACUUUAUGAUAAAAUGGCUUUAUGAUACAAUAAGGUCAUGAAGUAACGUAAAAACUUAAAUUAACAUGUUCAAUAUUAUAAAUAUAGCUAGGAAAAUUUGUCGGCAUAGAGAACUAAUUAAUUAAGACUUUGAGAUAUAUUGUUGUUGUUUUUUUUUUCUUUUUCAAUCGCCAGUUAUUUUUGGGACCAAAUACUAAAUUUCACUAUUCUUUCUUUCCCUUAUACUUUUAACCACAUAUUACAAUACAUUCACUGACAAUCAGUCCUUAGUUACCUAUAUGUGGUUAUUACCAAAGUUUGUCUAUAAUAAUAUAGAUAGUUAGUGUAUAAUUCUAGAAUAUAAUUUACAAAUUCAAGCGGAUGCUUGUAAUAUUCGUUGUAUUGUUAUUCAGUACCCUUAAUCUAUAUCGUUAAGUUUCGGGCAAUUCGCGCAGCAGUACUUAACACAUAAAGUAAGUCUUGUCAAAGAAAAGAAAGCAAACAGUUAAAAGUUAUACAACGCGCGUUACAUCUGUUGUUCACGUUUCAACUUAACGAUUCCCGGUACAGUCACUUGCGAACUAUGUACGGAUUAUGUUUCCAAUACGAUUCAAUUACAUUAUACACGUUCUAUCUUAGAUUUGUAACAAUAAAUAAAUUAUUGUUUUGCAGUUAA